AUUUUGAAGGUUAGUAACGGAACUAGUUUUGUUCAUUCCGGUGUAAAAAUUCCGAUUCCCUGAGGGUUCCCAAGCGUGUAUCCAGUCGCUCAUCAAACAAAUAGAUGGAUGAAGAGCUGCUAAAGGAAAAUGGACGGAAGUUCCCGCCACAGAAGGAAGAGGAUGAAGAGAUGGAGGUUACCAUGACAACGCCACUAGCAAAUGUCAUUGUGACUCCCGACAAUGCAGAUGUGCAGACACAUCGAGAAGAACCGGGAGAUGUACAAACACAUUUGACUACGUCAGCAUCUUCAGAGAGUGUGUGUAAGACAGUGGACUGUGAUGAUGAGGAUUCCGAUGAUUCAGACAGUGACAGUUCAUCUUCUUCAUCCUCUUCCUCUUCUUCUUCCUCAUCCUCCUCUUCUCCUUCCAUCCCUGUGUUUGAGGAGGAUGAUGAUGAUGAAGGUUUUAGCCAACCAACCCCAAUCAAAACAAGAGAUGAAGUUCUGCUUGAGGAGCUUCCAGCAGUGGAGGAAGUGUGUAUAACAUUACCUGAGGAGGCAGAACUGCAGCCUGUGGGAACAGUCUCCAGUAUUCUACAGCAGCUUGUCAUUAUUCAGUCUCUGAAAGACACACCCCCUCUAAAUGAUGACAGCAUCCUCUUUAGAUGUGAUAAGCUGGCUGUGGGCAAGGUUUUUGAGGUGUUUGGUCCAGUGUCCAGUCCACUGUAUAUUAUGCGGUUUAAUUCUACGGACCAGAUUAUCAACAUGGGACUGACAGAGGGACUUACUCUUUAUUACGCACCUGCCAUUAAAGAGUACACAGAAUAUAUCCUCACACAACAGCUUAAACUUUUAAAGGGAUCUGAUGCAUCCUGGAAGAAUGACCAAGAACCACCAGAAGAGGCAUUAGAUUAUAGUGAUGACGAGAAAGAACAGGAAGCAAAGAGGAAGGUGAAAAAUGCCAAAAAGAAGAGGAACAGCAGCAAUACAGAUAAGCCUGCAAACAUUACUCAGAGCACCUUGCGGAAGAAACCCGACACAAGGGGUUUCCCACCAAGACAUGCAGGGCCUCCAUUCAGGCACCAGGACUCUAUGAACAAACCCCUACCCUUCAGGCACUCUGAUCUCCCUCCUCCCUGUCCUUACCCUCCACCUCAUCCCCAUUUUCCUCCACCCAACUUCCCUCUCUAUCCACCUCCUCCUCCUCCAUAUUUCUUCAAUCCUUCUUUUUCCUCUCCUCUCUGGCCUCCAAACUCUGUCCCCUUCUCUGACUUCCCCCCUCCCCCUCCUCCCCCUCCCCCUCUGUGAUGCACUGUAAGUUAACACAAUAAUACAAUCUUUUGUGUUGAAACAGUACAUCGUGUCCACAGACUGGACGGCUGGUCAUAUCAUCCUGAUGUGAUUUUCUUGUUAGCAGUGUUUUUUAGGAUAUACAGCCACUGACUGUAAAAGAAAACAGGAUUUUUUUUUAUAUCUGAUUGAGUUGUAACUGACUACAUACUCAGACACUUCACCUUUAAUUUAGUUGUUUUUACAGCUGCUUACAUUUUUCACUGUUUAGACUUCUUGUGAAAGCAGUGCAAGUCAUCGCUGAUUGAAGUAAUUUUAUUAGUCAGAUUCCAAAUAAGUAUAUAGAAUUUCUUAGACAGUAGUUUUCAAACUAAAUGCCAUUACUGACCAUUUACAGUCUGUUCACCCAUUCUGUCUAUACUUAAAACCCAGGGAUUUGGAAGUCUGGUCAUCGUUUGCAGGUAAACCCUGAAAAACAAGUUUGGCGCCACUCACCGUGACUCAUGGCUGAAAAGACAACCCGCGGUGUGAUGUGGCAUCAUGGGUCUUUAUAUAGUUUUUUUUUUUUUUUUUUUUUUUUUAAUAAGCCAGUGGGACUUUGAUGAACUGAACUGGGACUUAGAUGACCUACUUUCUCCUAACCAGUUUUGUAAUGACUGGUAUUGUUUGACAGCUAAGGUGACCACCAGGGUAUUUGUGGCAAACUUGGUAUAGUACUGUACGUGUAGGUUUUUUGUUUGUUUGUUUUUUUUUGUUGUUGUUGUGUUAAAUGCCACUUGAAGGCAGAAUUGUGGAUGAUUCUGAACACAUUAUGAUGAUGCAUGUUGACAUGGAUUUGACUAUCAUGAGUUUGAUCAUAUUGAGCCCCGGACAGUUAGAUAAACAAAGAGCAUUUGGCUUCAGCAGAUCCCUCUGUACAUGAUAUAGGUACAUGAUCAUGUGUUAAUCAGUUGCUCUCCACUCACAGGCUGCUGAGAGCAUCCUAAGAUGCUGUGGAACCUGCAGGAGUAACCAUAAAGUACAGAUUUUAUUCAUGUUUUUGUUGUUUUUGCUCAUUCUCAAGUCCAUACUGAAUCCAACAUUUGAUGUAGUCAAUACAAAAAUAACAGUACCCUCACACAAAAAUGCACAUUAAUUGAACAAACAUGCAGUCUGUCAUAUGAACAAUAUUGUAAAUUACAGACACACACAAUAACACUCAGUUAUCUAACCAAUAGAGCCACACAUCAGUCAUACAUCCAUAGAUUUACGAGGCUUGCCUCUGAGUGUAAUGUCAAAUUUUUCUGAAACACUCCAAAUGAAGUUGUGCUUUUAGCUGUUUACAGCUGAGUUUUAACAAAUCCUGCAUAAUGAAUCCCAAGCUCUGUCAAAGCUGUUGGGACAUUUUGAUAUUACCGCAAGCAGAAAGUAAUUUUUUUUCUGUCCAGUUCACUGAAAUUCUUCCUGUAGCACAACAAUACCCCAGAGCUUGAUUGUCUGCCUUGGCAAACUUACUUUUACUCAGAACAGUGAGCUGUACACUUGUAACUGUACUGUAUCUAUCAUUUAAACUAUAAAGUCCUAUUUUUUUCA